UGCUCGGCUCCUUAAGCGACCACCAUGCGGAACGCCGUCGCAACGUUCGCGCUGCUCUUCGUCCUCGGUGCCACCGCCUGGGCAGAGGAUGAGAAGGAGAAGGAAGGACUGGGCUACGUGAUGGCUUUCCCCAUGGAAGAGCCCAAGCCAUCCGGUGGCCGCGUCGAGACGGUAGUCGUCGAGUCGUCCAAGGCCGAGGACCUGCGCCAAGUGCUGGGUGCCUACAAGGCGGCCACCAGGCUUAGGCAGCGCCAGCAGCAGCCUCUGCAGCCCCUGCCACCUCCCAUGCAACGCAUGCCACCACCCGACCAGAAGCCACCGCUGCUGCUUCUCGUGGUGCACGCGCCCAGGCCCUCGGUGCCAUCGCCGUUCCGCGCGGGCCCCCCAAUGCCCGGCCCGCCGCCCGGCUUCCUCCAGGGUCCACCCCCCGCUCCUCACCCCGGCAUGAAUCCGUACGGCAUGGUUCCGGGUCCUCCCGUCGGUCCCGCUCAGGUCCAGAUGCCCGCUCCACCAACGGCGCACCCUCCGAGAUCCCACGCUCCUCCCGUCGUCGCCCAGCGCUCUAACAAUGGCCCCCGAGACAACGGGCCGGGUAUGAACUUCGCCAUCGUGCAGGAGCCGUACAUCGUGAACACCGUCAUGCACGCGCCGUCCAUGAUGCGGCCCGCGUUCUGCCCGGUCCCGCCCUGUUCUCCGGGCCCCCGUCUCCUCCGCCGCCUCCGCCUCACCCGAUGAUGCACGGAGGCCACCACAUGAUGCCCCCGCACCACAUGAUGCACCACGACUCGCCGAUGAUGAUGAUGCGCGGUCCACCGAUGUCGCACGGCCCCCAGAUGAUGCACAGUCCUUCCAUGAUGAUGCCCGUUCCCGCGUUCAUGCCCGGCCCACCGAUGAUUCCUCCGUUCCUGAUGCACGGCCCCCGAUGAUGCCCGGCGGCCCGAUGAUGCACGGACCCCCCAUGAUGCCAUCCCCAGCCGCGAUGAUGUACGGUCACAUGGGCAGGCCGCGGGUCGGACAGGUGGUCGUGGUUCCAGUCGCGGUACUGCUCGCCGAGCGACCCGAACCACAGCGUGAGGCUCCGCGCGAGAAGCCAACUCCACCUUCACCUCCCCAGCCUUCGACUCCACAACCAGCGACCAGGCGAAUGACGACCAUGGAGCGCCUCGGCGUUAACUAUGCGCCAGAAGAAGAAGACGACGAUGACCUGAGCCCGAUGGCGACCAUCCGGGCAGCCAACACUGUUCUGCGCAUGCUCAUGAGCAGCUAGCCGCGCCCCCUGUGAUACAUUCCACCCAUCCCACCCCCAGCCUUUUGCACCUAAUGUACAGCCAGAGCAAUAAAUCAUUCCUCUUUUUUUUUCU